AAUUGUCAAUAAUAAAUGUCAAGUGAGUGAAGCAGAAAAGAAAAACAAAAAGCAGCAGUAGAUACAGAAGUUAAUUUGUUAAAAUUCCUUUAAAAUAUAAAAUUACGUACUUAGAUUAUGUGUGUAAAGUUAUAGCACUAUAUAUAUGUAUGAAAUAUAAAAGCUACUUUUAAGGGAAAUUAUGGAUUUUUUGUUUGCACCUCUACCUGAAACAAAUUUUCAAAUGAAUACGGAAGAAUUACGUUUAUGGCAACGAAAUGCCAUAUUCGAGUGUGAAUGUGAUAAUUUCAUUAAUAGACGGAUAGAAGCUGGUCGAACACACCUAUUGACACUGCCGAAUCGGGCACAUUCUGAGUUACCUGGAAUUGAUGCUGCAAUACGGCAGCAUGGACUGCGGCUCCCGGAUGUAAUGGGAAAUAAUGAUCACAGACCUAUCUCCAGCGCCAGCAGUAGUAAUAGCAUUAGGAACGUUGAAAAUGAUGGUCAUACAGAUAAUAACGCUAAUAUUUCCCCACCUCUUGCUCAAAGACGACGAUUAGUGUCCAGAAAUCCGGAAUAUGAUCGUGAUAAUAUGCUUGACAGAAUAUACCACGAGGCUUUGUUGACAGCUUUUCGAACGAGAGGGUUAAGUGCAAUCCGAAAUCCUUAAUGCUAAUGGAAAUAAUCGCUAUUUAAAUGAGCGGAGGUGGCAAAAGUGCUGACUUCAAUAAAAAUUAAUAAAAUAUUGUAUGUAUCUUAAAUAUUUAUGAAAUUUUAAAUAAGACAUCUCAAUUGAAACAAAAUUCAUUGGAAUUGUAUCUAUGUAGCUCGAAAUUUGUAGAACUUUACGGUAAUUUUUAAUAAACAUAAUGCUAACAAAUGAA